AUGUUGCAUAAGUUGAAGGGAGCAUUCGGUAAGAAAGGAAACGGUCGUAAAGUUUCGUUACCAGAUCUUCCUCCACCAGGUGAGGUGGAUAGAUAUUUGAUAUAUCAGAAUCGUAGAAACGUUGGGGUUAAUUUUGGAUCGCUUUUUGUGCUAGAGAAGUACAUAUUUGAUUCGUUAUUUGAAUAUGGAGGUGAAGCAGAGAAAGAGGCAGUGGAAAACCAGGUCGAACACGAUGGGGUUGACGGUGCAGCGGAAAAAUUGCGGUCCCAUUACGAGAAAUACGUAACGCGUAUCGAUUGGAGAUGGUUAAGUGAAGAUGUGGGUGUGACUACGAUCAGGUUGCCAAUUGGAUAUUGGCAUGUGGAUAAUGGGAUGUUUGUAGACGGCACCCCAUUUGAGAAGAACAGGAAGGUUUACUCGAAAGCCAACAGUUGGGAUUUUGUUAGAGCGAUCUUUGAGGAGGCUGGUAAGUAUGAUAUUGGUAUAUUAAUCGAUUUGCAUGGAUUGCCUGGCGGUGCCAACAACGAGUCGCACAGCGGUGGGACAGGUAAAAUGCGGUUCUUUAAUAACUACAAGUACAUGGAUUAUGUAUGCAACACAAUUAUACCAUUUAUCGUGCAGGAUUUGUCACCUUAUGGUAAUUUUGCUGGGUUGCAGGUGGUCAACGAGGCCAUGUUUGACAACGAGGCGAAGGGUCAGAAGUACUACUAUUCCAAGGCUAUUGCAGCAAUUAGAGAGCAUAACCCAACGUUGCCUGUGGUAAUAUCUGAUGGCUGGUGGCAUAGCCAAUGGGCCAAUUGGCUAGAGGAAGAAGGACUCGACAACAAUGUGAUUCUCGACACACAUGUGUACCGUUGCUUCUCGGAGGAGGACAGAAGCAAGGACGCAAGACAGAUCAUACAAGAGCUUAAGUCUACGGUUAAGUUGGAGAAAGAGAAAGUAGAUACUAUGAUUGGCGAAUUUUCUUGUGUCUUGGAUACCCAAACCUGGGACAAAACAGACGGCGAUCGUAAUGAGUUGGUUCGAGAAUAUGGCCAAGAAGAGAUUAGAGUCUUUAAUAGCCAAUCGAACUUCGGCUGGUUCUUUUGGACUUAUCAGUUUGAACACGGAGAUGGCGGAGAGUGGGGGUUCGUCCCCAUGGUUAACAGUGGCAGCAUUCCUAAACGGAGCAGAGAACCCCUUGUGGUUGACGAAAACAGAGUCAACCAGAUUGUUACUGAUCAUAUCGACUACUGGAGCGACAAAAACCCUGAAAAGAUGGAACAUUGGCGCUUCGAAGAAGGUCUAAGGAUGACAAUUAAAGAUAUCCAGAACUUUGACAGUUUCAACAAUUCGCGUAUAGGAAGAGUUAAUUUCUGGAACUCUGUGCGUAGAGCACAACACAUUCACAAACACGGAACAAGCAAGUGGUUAUGGGAAUGGGACGAAGGCUUCCGUACUGCAAUAAAUCAAUUCAAUAAUUAG